CAAUUCCCUUGCAUCGAUCAAGUGCUGUGUUGAAGUUUCUUAUUAGUUUGUUCUUUCGCAGAGUUGCACUUUGACAUAAUUCUUGAAGGAAAUAUGUGAAGCCUGUUGAGUCAAUCCCAACAAAAUUUAAUGAGACAGAUUACAAAAAGUGGAAUAAUUACUGGAAAACGAGCUUCACAAGAAGUUACCACUUCAGGUGAAACUUCGAAUGUGGUGUUCAAAAAGCGUAGAACGAGUAUCACUCCUCUAAGCGAUGUCACUAACGAAAGUGUUCCAUCGCCUUUGAUCAAGCAUAAUGGACUCAUAAGAACAAGUGAUACACAAUAUACGUAUGUUGGAUAUUCUUGGAAUACAAGUGCCAUUCAAACCUUAAGGAUUCCUUCAACUGUGAACACUACUAAUGAAGAGUGUCAUGAUAUAAUGGAUGUAGUUGAGGAAAGUCCCUUAAGGGAAAACAGAAUUGACAAAUUUGUUGGUAAUUGUAAUGGAGAAGUCGACGAUUCAGAUAAAGACGACGAUAAUGGAUCAAAGAGUAUUCCAAGUGGGAUAAAGACGAGUCUCAUAAUUUGCAUACACGAGUUGUUGAGGAUCUCAAGAAGACCCUUGAUGAAAAUAAUGUCUUGGUUAAAUCAUUUAGAAUAGCAGGCCAAAAAAUACACAAUGAGGGUUGUAAAAAUUUUAAGUUACGGCUAAUAGGAAGAAGAUCGGGAGAUCCAAGAACAUACAACCUUCCUUCAGUGUCUGAAGUUGCUGCUUUGGUUGUUGGGGAUUUUGAUUUAUCACUUGGAGAAAGAGAUAUUGUGGUGGAAACGUGUUCUGGACGGUUGCAGCGAAUCAAUGAAUUGCAUCCCUCAUAUUUGGCCCUGCAAUAUCCACUACUUUUUCCAUACGGAGAGGAUGGUUUUAGAGAAGACAUACCCUUUUCUAAUAAAAAGGGUGACCCAUCUCGAGGGAGGCAAAAAAUUAGUAUAAGGGAGUUUAUUGCAUAUCGAUUGCAUGAAAGAUUAUCCGAGUUUUCCACUAUUUUGCGUGCUAAGAGACUUUUCCAGCAAUUUGUUGUAGAUUCAUACACUUUAAUUGAAUCAAGUCGGUUAAGAUAUGUUCGCACACAUCAAAAACAGUUGAGGUGUGAAAUGUAUAAAGGUUUGACAGAUGCUUUAUUACGUGGUGAUAUAAAUCCAGCCACACAGGGGAAGCGGAUAGUUUUGCCAUCUUCUUUCACAGGAGGAGCUAGAUAUAUGAUUCAAAACUAUCAGGAUGCAAUGGCAAUAUGCAGAUGGAUAGGUUAUCCGAAUUUGUUCAUAACUUUCACGUGUAACCCUAAAUGGCCAGAGAUUGUUAGGUUUGUUGAACAAAGAAAUCUAAAGCCAGAAGAUCGACCAGAUAUCAUUUGUAGAGUAUUUAAGAUGAAGCUUGAUGCCCUUCUCAAUGACUUUCGUUGCAAGAAAGUUUUUGGCACAGUUAAAGCAGUCAUAUACACUAUUGAGUUCCAGAAGCGUGGAUUGCCUCAUGCCCAUAUAUUACUAUUCUUGGACAAAAGCGAAAAAAUUGCAACAACAGAUCAUA